AUGGUAACACCUCCACCGAGACCACAUUUGACACUGAAGAGACGGCCGAAGACGGAAGAGGCGUCAAGACCACCGCCGAGGAAGGGGCACCAGAAUCCCCAGAGCGAGCAGCCUUCUUCAACACCACCACCAGACCACCUCGCUCACCACCAACCUCAGCAGGGGAAACCGCCCCCCCACGUAGAACUCGAGCCAUCCGACACAGGCGACGCUCCUGAAGCAGGAUUCGCAGACACCAUAUUUGAAGCAGAGGCCGAAACACCGGCACCGGCAUCCUCAGGCAAAUGCACCUCUGCCACCACUGCAGUAUGCAACAUACCUGGAACCACCUUGCCGCCGCCAGAAGAUCCACAAUCGCCGAAUUCGCUAACGUCGCCCCACGCUUGA